AGGAAGACAGGGAGAAGUGAGGCAGCCAGUGGGUGUCGGCGGCGGCAGGGCUCCAGAGGGAGCGCAGAGGUGGAGGGCGAGGCAGGGCAGCCCAGGGAGGGGAGGUGCUCGACGCGGCUCCCGGGGAUGCCCAGUCAGGAAGGACAUGCCGCCGUCGGCUUGCUGGAGCUGGAACUGGAGCUGGUGCUGGCGUGCCGAAGAAGAGACGGACGGACGGAGCCUACCUGCCGCGGCUUCUCCUUAGCCCGCUGAAGGGCUGGGAUUUCGCCUGCCGCCCGCUCCGCCGCUCCCGUCGGGGGGUAGGCCAUGGUGACCCUGGGGAAGCGCUGCCCGCCGCCGCCGCUGCCCCCGCCGCCGGAGUGAAGGCGCUGCCUUAGGGUCCCCUCCCGCUCCCCACUCCCUCCCCGCCAUGGAGCUGUCCAACAGCACGGUGGCGGCGACGGCCGGAGCCAAUAGCAGCGGCGGCGGCGGCGAGCCGACGGCGAGUCCGGCCAGCCCGACGGCAGCGGCCAGCCUGGGCUACCAGCUGGGCACGUCGGUGGCCCUCGGGGCGCUGAUCCUCUUCGCCGUGCUGGGCAACGCCUGCGUGAUCGCGGCCAUCGCGCUGGAGCGCUCCCUGCAGACGGUGGCCAACUACCUGAUCGGCUCGCUGGCCGUCACGGACCUGAUGGUGUCGGUACUGGUGCUGCCCAUGGCCGCCCUCUACCAAGUGCUGGGCAAGUGGACCUUGGGCCAGGUGACCUGCGACAUCUUCAUCUCGCUCGACGUGCUGUGCUGCACCUCCUCCAUUCUCCACCUGUGCGCCAUUGCCCUGGACCGCUACUGGGCCAUCACCGACCCCAUAGACUACGUCAACAAGCGGACGCCCCGGCGGGCCGCAGUUCUGAUCAGCCUCACCUGGCUGAUCGGUUUCCUCAUUUCUAUCCCGCCCAUGCUGGGCUGGCGGACCCCCGAGGACCGCUCGGACCCCAACGCCUGCACCAUCAGCAAGGACCCCGGCUACACUAUCUACUCCACCUUCGGCGCCUUCUACAUUCCCCUUCUCCUCAUGCUGGUCCUCUACGGGCGCAUCUUCAAGGCGGCCCGCUUCCGCAUCCGGAAGACGGUCAAGAAAGUGGACAAAAAGCAGCCGGCGCAGCAGCCGCCGCUACCGCUGGCAGCUGAACCGUCUGCGGAGCCCGUGGCCGACACCUGUCUCUCCAUCUCGCCCGCCAGCGAGCCCAAGAAGGCCAACGGAGGACCUCCACAGCCGCUGCAGCAAGCCAAAAGCUGGAAAAGUGCCGUCGAGCCCAAAGGAGGCGGCGGAGGCGUCUGCAUCAACGGGGCCCUCCGGCCAGGGGGUGAGGACGGCCCGGUGGCCCCCUCGGCUUUGGAGAUCCUGGAGGUGACGCCUUCCAACGCCACCAAAAGCCACCUGCCCCUGCCCAACCACCACCACCACCACCACGAGCAGCAGCAGCAGCCCUCCCUGCCGGGCUCGGCCACGCCGGCCUUGGAGCGGAAGAACGAGCCCAAGAACGCGGAGGCCAAGCGCAAGAUGGCUUUGGCCCGCGAGCGCAAGACGGUCAAGACGCUGGGCAUCAUCAUGGGCACCUUCAUCCUGUGCUGGCUGCCCUUCUUCAUCGUGGCCCUGGUCCUGCCCUUCUGCGAGGAGGGCUGCUACAUGCCCGACUGGCUGGGGGCCGUCAUCAACUGGCUGGGCUACUCCAACUCCCUCCUCAACCCCGUCAUCUACGCUUACUUCAACAAAGAUUUCCAAAGUGCUUUUAAGAAGAUCGUCCGGUGCAAGUUUUGCACGCAGUGACGGGCGGGGGAGGUGAUGGACCCACAGACAGGAGCAGCGGCGGACCCCUUUACGAGAAGGGGAGAGAAUAUGGGUCUUUAGUGUGUGUGUGUGGGGGGGGUGUAGGGGGUUGCUGCUGAAGAGGGACAUCUUAUUCUCUCCUCCCCCUCUGACUUCUUGAACUUUCCCGCGCAUCUUCUGCUGCCAUCAGUGCUUUGCGGACCGCCCUCCUACCUAGCCCCACUGGUCUGCCCUGGAAGAGGGCUGGACUAUUUCUUCGCCCCAUGGCCGUGGGGCGCUUGGAGACUCCUUUCUUUGGAGGCGGAAGGGAAGUCCCCUCUUGAACCCUUUCCUCGCCUUUUUCUUUUUGUCCUGCCUUGAGUUCGAAACACACACAAACCAGAGGCGCGGAGGGCCGCCUCCCUGCCUAUUGGCCGCUCCCACGAGACUAUAGUCCGUGUGCAUCCGUCCCUCUAUCUUGUCCUUUCCCUGAACUGCUCCUCCACACGUAAGCAAGCCGGCUCAGGAAGUGGCUGCAGGAGGAGAACGGAAAUCAAAGUUGUGCCGCUAGAGAACAGCAGCAUCUCUUCUGUCCCUGAGGAGCUGGAUAUGGUCAAUAUGUUGAAAGAAUGGUACAGAUAGAAUCCUGAGCCAGAAGUCUCCAGAAGACCACAGAGCAGACUGCUGCAGAAAACAUCUUAGCAGAAGCCGGUGUAAUAGCUGAGAAGUGUCUUGUUUAUUUUUUGAAGUUUUAUGUUAUUUAUAUGCUUCCUUUUUCCUCAUAGGGGACCUAAGAUGGCUCACAACAGUUAAAACUAUACAAUGUGACAAACCUGUUGUGAGGAACUUCUUGUGCCAAAUUCUAAGAAGUAACUCAUAGGAUGCACCAAUUCUGUGCCAAAAUAUGGCAGAAAGACCACCUCCAUCCUGGCUUCAUGGAACCUUUAGAGGACAUACCAGUCAGGAAGAUACAGAAAAGCUUUAUUAUAAGUGUUCAGACAAUCCCCCUCUCUAAAGCAUGCAUGAAGCGAGGGGAAAGGAUCACGCAGGCGAGCCCCAUUUCACCAUGAAUGUGUAUGGUG